GAUCGGAAAUUCGAAACACCGGAAAAGAUUCGAGAGACCCGCCACAACUUCUCUAUCUGGGAAAGAUGAACGUUGAUGAGACUUAUCUCUUUCUCAACCGGAUACAAGAGAGAAGGCUCGACGAAGAGUCUCUUCGGAUUCUCGAGUUGUCUCUGGUCGCAAUGAAUGUGAAAUCCGUUUCAGAGAUUAGAUCCCGACUGAGAGAUUUCAUGAGAUCUGAAUCGGCUGCUAUAUUCGGUGAGCUCUCUGGAGAAUCGAUCGUUGCAAAGCUCUCCGUACUUGAAUUCUUCGCUCGUGCUUUUGCUCUUAUCGGUGAUUUGGAGAGUUGUUUGGCUAUGAGGUAUGAGGCAUUGAAUUUGAGGGAGCUCAAGUCUCCUAGCUGUUUGUGGUUAAGGGUUUCACAUUCAGAAUGGGCCAAAUUUGCUCUUCAAUCUAUGGAAAAUGGAUUCCCUUCUAUUGCAGGAAAGGCUUCUGAAAAUGCGCUAUUGAGCCUUAAGAAGGAUAGUCUUGUUGAAUCUAAAUCAGAAGAGUUUUCUGAAAUAUUUGAUGCUUCUGAGAAAGUAAGGAGACUAAGGGAUUCAGCUGCCUCGUUAACAUCUUCACGUUCAGUUCAGGCACAAGGUGCAGAGUACUUGAGAAGCAAGGAAGUGAGGAUACGAACCAGGCAGACUCAACACACUAAAAAUCCAGACUGCACACGUAGCAACUUGUUCAGAGGAGGAAUCAAGAAGCGUAACCAACGAAUGUUGGAAGAUCUCCGUACCACUCAGAUGAUCCGAGAUACAGAAUCAGAUUCACGCUGUGUAUGACCCAAUUGAUGCUACAACCUUUAGGGCAUUCGAAAGGGAAGUAGACUACAUUCAACCAUUCAAGAAAUCAAGAUCUAAUAAUAAGUUUGCCAUAAAACUUAUUCUCUUCUUAGUAACAAUAUUAAAUAUUUCCGUAUCAUGUAUAAUUGUAUAUGCUACACAACACAAGUGUACAAGUGUUUCCGUAGAAAUUUUGAAUACUUUUCAAAAUU